AUUAAUUAGUUUUGAUCCUCACCACAUGAUAUGAUGAGGAGGCCAGACACUUCUGGUCCUCCUCCUCCUUCCAAGCAUGGAGAGACCGGUGUUUAUAAGCUGAGGAAGGGUUUAUGGUCUCCUGAGGAAGAUGACAAGCUCGUGCACUAUAUGCUGAGUAAUGGCCAGGGUUGCUGGACCGACGUAGCUCGAAAUGCAGGCUUGCAGAGAUGCGGGAAGAGUUGUCGUCUUCGGUGGAUAAACUAUCUCCGUCCCGAUCUCAAGCGUGGCGCUUUCUCGAUCGAGGAGGAGGAGCUCAUCGUUCACCUGCAUUCCAUUCUUGGCAACAGAUGGUCUCAAAUUGCAGCUCGGUUGCCAGGCCGCACAGACAAUGAGAUAAAGAAUUUCUGGAACUCUACCAUAAAAAAGAGAUUAAAGAACUCAUUGCAGCCAUCUCCUUCCAACCAUGAUAAAAAAUCUCCGCCGGAUGCCAAUAAGGAGCUUAUUAAAGAGGACAUCAUGUUCAUGCGCAUGAACUCAUCAGCAUCGUCUUCUUCUUCUUCAAUGCAAGCUUUUCCUCUGAACACUAACUACAACUUAUUUCCAUUCCCUGGUACAACUGCAAAUGACUGCUUCAUCAACAUGACUUCAAGCUUGCUGCACGAUAAUGGCAUGUAUGAUGAUGGUAAUGCUCAUGAUUUCAUGGCCAUGGAUGGUGGUCUUAUGGUAGAAGAAGGUUAUGAUCAUUACUUUGUUCCUCCAUUGGAGAGUGCAAGUCAAGAAGAGAAUGGUGCCAACUUAGAUUAUGCAUAUCAUAAUUAUUCAAGAAAUAUUGGGGAAAUUAAUUCCAACAUGAUCAAUCAUAAUGAUCAUAAUGAUACUAAAAAUAGUAUCAAAGACAAUCACUUUGUUGCUAGUCAUAAAAUGUGGGAGGAGGGUUAUGAAAGCAUGAGGGUUGGAGAGUGGUCUUUAGAAGAUUUGAUAGAGGAUGUCUCUCACUUUCCUUUGCUUGGUUUUCAAGUUGAAUAAUUGAGCCUUCCAAGUUCAUAUAUAGUCAUGGAAAAUAUCCUCCCCCUACCAUAUGUUCAUCAUUUUAUUCUUUUUUCAUGUC